GCUGAAGAACAAGUGGUAUUCGAUUUUUCAAUAUGGCGCAUUCCUCGUUGGUUCCAGACGUUCCGUUCCAGUUAGUUCGUAGUGGUUCGUAGUUGCCGGCUGUUGCGUGUAGAUUGUAGCACGUAACCAAGUACGAAAUACAAGUCGAGUAACAGUGUGACACGCGACACUCGGAGGAUGGGUUUGCAGGACGCCGUGUACACGACGGUCACCUUGCCGUUUAAUGUCCUUUACAAAACUAGUACAGGGGCAGCCUCGUAUGCUUGGAAUGCGGCUGCGUCGGCGACAAAUUAUUUGGGAGUAAAACCAAAAGUCGAAGUGAAAAUGGCACAGCCGGUACCUUUAUGGAAAUUAGCCGCUGCUAGCGGUCCGUACGUGAGACUUGCAGCUCUCAGCGGUGCAGCAGCUGUGAUUCUCGGUGCUUUCGGAUCCCACCGACAUUACUCUAAGGAUGAGAUAGGACAGGAGCAACGUCGUAUCUUCGAAACAGCGAAUCGAUAUCAUUUUAUACACACUUUGGCCUUGCUCGGGUUACCGUUGUGCAAAUUCCCAGCCUUGGCAGCAACUUUUAUGCUCUCUGGAAUGGUACUAUUUUGCGGUAGCUGCUAUUAUACUGCAUUAACCAAUAAUAGACGAUUCAGCACGAUAACACCGGCCGGGGGAUUUUGCUUUAUACUGGCAUGGUUCAGUAUGUUCUUGUAAAUAUCGCUGUAGAAAUAGGCGCUUAAUACAGGGACACAAAUAAGUGAUAAGUCAAGCAACACAAUGUGUGUGCGCGAUGUAAGAAAAGAGAAACAAUAUUUGAUAGCAUUAAGAAUGAAUGGUUAAAGAUUUUAUAUA